AGUUCGAACCAGAAGCGAAACGAGCCCCAUAGUCAGUACUAUCCGACCCACUGCAUCUGAAACUAUGUGGAAAACGCUUGUCGCUUGACGGUUGACAAAUUUCAGAAUAGUCAUCACCUUGAGUGCAGAGAAUCAGUUGGGCUAAUUGAAUCGGGAUCGGCAAAAAAAGUGGAAAAUAAUGAACGGACUGCAAUUUGGUAUAGCGGAUAGAGCUUGCCAAUUUUUUUGCUAAAAAGCCGCAAACGCGACAAUCAGAGUGCUAAGUGCGCCAUUAAUCAGUUCAGUGCGAGGUUGGCUGCAAUAUCAUGGCUGGAUUGCUGGUACUGAUCAUCUGGAUGGUGUUUAAUCUCCUCCAGGCUGAGGCUCACUACAUACAGAUAGACCACGAAGAGUUUCGAGCCAGUGGCUUUCCACAUCCGCAUUUCCCACCACCUCCAUUGACGCCACUGGAUCACCUUCCUCAAGUGCUGGCCGCCAAGGAACUAACUCCUGCCGAGGUCAUGGUUGAUCUGACCAAUGACUUGACUCACCGCCUCCUCCACUACCACUCCAUUCUCAAUCGCAACAACUUUGCCUUCUCGCCCACGGCACUGGUCAGUGUCCUGGUGGCUUUAUUUGAGGGAUCGGCUGGAAAUAGUGCCGAGGAACUCCGCCAUGUUCUGCAGCUGCCCAACAAUCGGGAUGUGACCCGUGUGGGUUACCGUGACAUCCAUCGCAGACUACGGACCUAUUUCUUCGGCUCCGAUAACCCCCUAAAGGGACUCAGCUUGAACAAGGGCAACGUCACAAUUCUAAAAGACUUUGAGACAGUGCUCAUGUUUUAUGGUUACGAUUUAGGUGUGGACAUGAUAUCCUCAACGCCAGCCAAUCUUACGUCAGAUGCUGAGCUGGUCAACACCACAAUGGCCAGCAAUACCACGACCGGUGAAAUGGAAGCAGAGACUACCACUUUAAAGGAUGCGGAAGCUACAACAGAAGAACCAGCUACAACGACCACAGAGACUCCGGCAACCACAACGACAGAGCCUCCAGCCACAACAACAGAAGCGCCUGCAGAGGCGGAAGCCACAACUGAAGCACCUGCUGCCACAUCUGGUGAAGAGGCUGCCGAGCCCGCAGCUGAAGAUGAAGCAGCUGAGUUGGUGUCUGCCUUUGUUGCCGAGGAAGAUUCCGAGCCGCUACUGCGCAUCCAGAAGGCCCGGGUUUCCCGGCUACCCACCAGCAAACUGCAGGCACCUCUUAAACACUCGAACCCAAUUACGCCGAAGCCCAUUUAUCUGCCCAGUGCCAGGACAGCCUCCAUGCCGAUGAUGGCUCGCCAAGUGGUGGAGCGGAAGCCAUCACCAACACGGCAGGUAAUUUCCAUCAUAGCCCCACAGGCAACGAACAUCUCCCUGACACGGAAGACGAAAAUGGCGCGGUACAGGCGACAUGCGCUACCUGGCUACAAGGAUCUGGAUGCUAAUCUCUUCCUAACGCUCUUCAAUCCGCACACUCAUGUCCCCCAUCAUCCGCUGCACAUUCCACCACCAGUACCAGCUGCAUUUGCGCCCAUCACCAAUGACUUUGAACCGCACUACAUAGGAGAUGCGGCCGAGGGCAAGUCCAACUAUAAUACGGAUGUGAUCAGCCAUGUGUUCUACCUUGGCAAUCAGCAGGUGGUGCAUACCACCUUUAAGGUGUACAAUGCAGUGCUGUACUACAAGUAUUUCGAUCACUUGAAGAUGAGCGUACUGGAGUUGGAACUGGACACACCGGAAUAUAACCUAAUGAUUCUGCUGCCUGACUACCACACGGACAUUGUGGCAGCGGCCGCCUCAUUAAAACUGGGACCAACUCUUCGACUGAUGCGCAAGCAACUAAAGCCGCGCUGGGUUCAGGCCAUCAUUCCGGACUUCAAGCUACAUGGAACAAUGUUCUUGACCAACGAUCUUCAAAAUAUGGGAAUUUGUGAUGUCUUUGAGCCGAAUCGCGCUGACUUUAGGCCCAUGACAGAGGAGAAGGGCAUCUACGUGCGGCACAUUGAGCAAUCCAUAGACGUCACCAUCCGUACGCAUCCCAUCAAUCAGCUUAAGCGCAACUAUGGCGCUCAAACGAAGCCCAUUCAGAUCUCCGUGAAUCAUCCAUUUAUGUUUUUCAUCGUGGAUCGCGACCUGGACGUGGCUGUGAUGUCGGGCCGUAUACUGAAUCCGCUGAAUGUGCGCAUCCAAUGA